GCCAGGUCCUCCUGCUACAGACCUCCUCUCUGAACACCUCCUCGUCUCUGCUCGUCUCUGACACCAGCUGGACUUUCUCUCUGCUGUCAGCAUGUGAGGACGUGGCGCUAUCGCCUCUUCAUUUGGAGCAGCUCCUCCUCCACCAUGAGCAUCUUCUCCAGUUCGAUGGCGGGUCUGGGGUCGGAGGUGUGCGGCGACACCGCCUCCCUGGUCUCUUUGGAGUCGAGCGUUUUCCUCAGUGAGCGGACGGCGUCCUGCGUCAGCGACACGCUCAACUUCUUCAUCAUCAACGUUGGCGGGAGUCGCUACGUGCUGUCGCAGGAUCUGCUGGCGUCCUACCCAGAGACCCGGCUGGGGAAACUGGCCUGCUGCAGCCGAGACUCAGCGCUGGAGCUCUGCGACGAUGCCGACUUCCUGGAGAACGAAUUCUUCUUUGACAGGAACUCCCAGGCCUUCCAGUACGUGAUGAACUACUACCGGACGGGUCACCUGCACGUCAUGGAGGAGCUGUGUGAGAUCUCCUUCCUGCAGGAGAUUGAGUACUGGGGCAUCGACGAGCUCCGCAUCAACCCCUGCUGCCGUGAGCGCUACUACCGCCGCAAGGAGCAGAAGGAAAGCCUAGAGGUACAGCGGGAGCUUGAUGCCGAUGACGGGGAUGAGGACUUUGCGGGCGCCGCCUGCCCAGGCACUCGCCGCCGCCUCUGGGACGUCCUUGAGAAACCCGAGUCAUCGCGCGCUGCUCGGACCUUUGGCUCGCUCUCGAUGUUCUUCGUGGUGUUGUCGGUCAUCAACAUGGUGCUCAUCUCACUGGACUUAGGUGAGGACUUUGGAGCGGGCGGCCUCGGCAUCGGCGCUCCGCUGCUCUUCGACGCCCUGGAAUACGUGUGUGUCGUGUGGUUCACGAUCGAGCUGGCGCUUCGGUUCCUCUGCGUCAGGGACAAGUGCCGAUUCAGUCGGAGCAUUCCCAACGUGAUUGAUCUGCUCGCCAUCCUCCCGUUCUACGUGACACUGGCGGUGGAGAACCUCCACGGAGGAUCCACUGAGCUGGAGAACAUGGGCCGUGUGGUGCAGGUGCUCCGCCUCCUGAGGUCGCUCCGCAUGCUGAAGCUGGGUCGGCACUCGACAGGUUUGAAGUCUCUCGGUAUGACCAUCGCGCAGUGCUACGAGGAGGUCGGCCUUCUGCUCCUCUUCCUCGGUGUGGGCAUCUCCAUCUUCGCGACCGCAGUCUUCGCCCUGGAGCACGACCUUCCUGCCACCACCUUCACCAGCGUUCCCACCGCCUGGUGGUGGGCGACCACGUCUAUGACCACGGUGGGCUACGGGGACGUGCGGCCCGACACGGCGGUGGGUAAGGUGCUCGCCUUCCUCUGCAUCCUGUCUGGGAUCCUAAUCCUGGCGCUCCCCAUCGCCAUCAUCAACGACCGCUUCUCUGCCUGCUACUUCACCCUGAAGAUGAAGGAGGCGGCGAUACGACACGGCGAGAUGCUGAAGCGGCUGGCCCGUGGCUCGGUGGGGGAGGCGGGGCCGGGCGUGAACCUGAGGGACGCCUAUGCCCGGAGUGUGCUGGAGAUGAUGAGGCUGCACGGGCGGGAGAGGGCGAGCACAAGAAGCAGCGGGGGCGACGAGCUGUGGUGGUAGCAAGAACAGCCCCGCCCCUAUGACCUCUGACCCCUCUGAGAAACGCACACACGAUGACCCCAGCAGCAGCAGAGCCCGUGAUUGGACAGGAGGACGACAGCAGGAAGGUAGACCCAGGAAGACGAGUGUGAGCAUGCUCAGACCGUCCCGCUGUACGUUCUGUGUGUCACGUAUGUGUCCAGCAGCCCAGCAGCAGCGUGUUCCCGUUUAACUCAUGACUUUAUUUACAAAACACGUUUUCUCUCUGAACAUUAGCCCUGCCCCCAAAAUAAAACAGGCGGCGCAGAUGUCUUGCUCAUGGGCGGUCGGUGUAACUCUGCAAGUCUGAACAUUAAAAAUCCUCAGAUGAGCGCACUCAGGCUCGUUCUGAUUGGCUGUUGGGUUUGUCUUACACGUCUCAGAUGUCUAACAUUAAAUCUGUGCUUUGAUCUUAAGCUACAUUCACACGUUUCCCUCAGAGGCAAUGAAACUCGUGUUCAAUCAUCAUCGUCACGAUCAAUAAAGCUUUAUUCAAAGAUGGUUUGUGAUUCAUUUCUGUCAUGGUGUCGAUGUGGAAGGUAAAUAAAAUACAGACUCGGGGGAGGAGAUAAAGUGAAAGCUAGCCAUCAUUAUAAAAUUACUCAUUACUAACGAACAUUAGUAUAUCAUCAUCAUCAUCAUUAUUAUUAUGUCAUCAGCUGAUAUUAUAAUGUUAUUACACUAAUAUUAUUAUGUCAUUCAAUUCAAUUCAGUUUUAUCUACACAGCGCCAAAUCACAACAACAGUCGCCUCAAGGUGCUUUAUAUUGUAAGGUAGACCCUAUAAUAAUAGAUACGAGAAAAACCCAACAAUCAUAUGACCCCCUACCCCGGUACCGGUCCGUGAGUCGUUUGGUACCGGGCCCUGAGAGUUGAGGCUCGGGUGGGAAAUUUAUGGGUUUUUUUUUUAUCGUUU